AAAGAUGAUCUCUUUUUCUCUGUAUAUAUAACUCCAAAUUUCCACAAUAACCUCUCUCUCUCUCUCUCUCUCCCUCCAGAAAGCCAUGAAUGGGCGAAGAGAAAAACCCAUCUCAUCAUCAUGUUGUAAUAUCCAUCCAGAGGAGAUUCUGGUGGGAGUUUGCCCUCUCUGUCUGAACGAGAGGCUUAUGUUAUUGUCGGCUUCACAGCAAAAGCGGAAACGUCCUCCUCCCCCUCCUUCGAAAUCCGCCAUUGAUUAUAAUCUUCAAGAAUCUAAAUCCUUCAACAAGAAGAAGCACAGGAGAUUCUUCUCCUUCGGCUCUUCUUUCUUUGGCUUCUUAUUCGAAUCACAACACCACCGCCAUAACCACGACGCUGUCCUCAGUCCAGACGAUUCAUUCAUCUCAAUAAAAUUUGAAGAAAAUGGAGCACCUUCAUGGGACAAAGGGAAAGUGCCAACAAUAUCUCUUAAGCAUUGCAAGGGUUCGGCAUGGGAGGAGACAAAGAAGGAGAUGAUGAUUCAGCAUCCCAGUAAGUCAAGGGUCUCGCUGACGUGGCACAAGCGUAUUGGACAGAUUAUCCACAUCAUCAGACUAAAGAGGCUGUCUGCAUGCCACGUGUCCUCCAAGGUUGAAGUUGUCGACGUGAGGUCCAGGUGGAUAAGGCACUCGACCACGAAGAAAGCCCCAAAUUAAAUAUCGUGUAAAAGAUUAUUCCUUGAGUUUCAAAAUUAUUUUUAUUUGAGAUGAAAUUAGUAUUUUCUUCAUAGGAUGCGCGUGUUUUUCUAUAAUUGUUAUAAUAAAAAAAUAUUUUCUUCUUUAA